GUAACUUCCGGCGCGGAGGGGCGGAGUGCGGCGCCCGUCUGAGGCAGCAGCUGGGAAAGCUAGGGGAGCGGCCGGCUGGCCGGCGGGUGCCAGCCGCCAUGGAGGCUGUUCCCCGCAUGCCCAUGAUCUGGCUGGACCUGAAAGAGGCCGGUGACUUCCACUUUCAGCCAGCCGUGAAGAAGUUUGUCCUGAAGAAUUAUGGUGAGAAUCCAGAAGCCUACAAUGAGGAACUGAAGAAGCUGGAGUUGCUCAGACAGAAUGCUGUUCGUGUCCCUAGGGACUUUGAGGGCUGCAGCGUCCUCCGCAAGUACCUGGGCCAGCUCCACUACCUGCAGAGUCGGGUCCCCAUGGGCUCGGGCCAGGAGGCUGCCGUUCCUGUCACUUGGACUGAGAUCUUCUCAGGCAAGUCUGUGGCCCAUGAGGACAUCAAGUACGAGCAAGCCUGUAUUCUCUAUAACCUUGGGGCGCUGCACUCCAUGCUGGGAGCCAUGGACAAGCGGGUAUCUGAGGAGGGCAUGAAGGUCUCCUGCACUCAUUUCCAGUGUGCGGCAGGCGCCUUCGCCUACCUACGUGAGCACUUCCCUCACGCCUACAGCGUUGACAUGAGCCGUCAGAUCCUCACUCUCAAUGUCAACCUCAUGCUGGGCCAGGCUCAAGAGUGCCUUCUGGAGAAGUCCAUGUUGGACAACAGGAAGAGCUUUCUGGUGGCCCGCAUCAGUGCACAGGUGGUGGAUUACUACAAGGAGGCAUGCCGGGCCUUAGAGAACCCUGACACUGCCUCGCUGCUGGGCCGGAUCCAGAAGGACUGGAAGAAGCUUGUACAGAUGAAGAUCUACUACUUUGCGGCUGUGGCUCAUUUACAUAUGGGCAAGCAGGCUGAGGAGCAGCAGAAGUUUGGGGAGCGGGUCGCCUACUUCCAGAGUGCCCUGGACAAGCUCAAUGAAGCCAUCAAGCUGGCCAAGGGCCAGCCUGACACUGUGCAAGAUGCACUUCGCUUUGCCAUGGAUGUCAUCGGGGGAAAGUACAAUUCUGCCAAGAAGGACAAUGAUUUCAUCUACCACGAGGCUGUCCCAGCACUGGACACCCUUCAGCCUGUAAAAGGUGCCCCCUUGGUGAAGCCCUUACCAGUGAACCCCACAGAUCCCGCUGUUACAGGCCCUGACAUCUUUGCCAAACUGGUACCCAUGGCUGCCCAUGAAGCCUCAUCGCUGUACAGUGAGGAGAAGGCCAAGCUGCUUCGGGAGAUGAUGGCCAAGAUUGAGGAGAAGAAUGAGGUCCUGGACCAGUUCAUGGAUUCACUGCAGCUGGAUCCUGAGACAGUGGACAACCUUGACAUCUACAGUCACAUCCCACCCCAGCUCAUGGAGAAGUGUGCGGCUCUCAGCGUCCGGCCUGACACUGUCAGGAACCUCGUCCAGUCCAUGCAGGUGCUGUCAGGUGUGUUCACGGAUGUGGAGGCCUCCCUGAAGGACAUAAGGGACCUGCUGGAGGAGGAUGAGCUGCUAGAACAGAAGUUGCAGGAGGCAGUGGGCCAGGCGGGAGCCAGCACAGCAGUCUCCAAGGCCGAAUUGGCCGAGGUGAGGCGAGAGUGGGCCAAGUACAUGGAGGUCCACGAGAAGGCCUCCUUCACCAACAGUGAGCUGCACCGUGCCAUGAAUCUGCACGUCGGCAACCUGCGCCUGCUCAGUGGGCCGCUGGACCAGGUCCGGGCUGCCCUGCCCACACCAGCCCUCACCCCAGAGGACAAAGCGGUGCUGCAGAACCUGAAGCGCAUCUUGGCCAAGGUGCAGGAGAUGCGGGACCAGCGCGUGUCCCUGGAGCAGCAGCUGCGUGAGCUUAUCCAGAAGGAUGACAUCACUGCCUCACUGGUUACUACGGAGCACUCAGAGAUGAAGAAACUGUUCGAGGAGCAGCUGAAGAAGUACGACCAGCUGAGGGUGUACUUGGAGCAGAACCUGGCUGCCCAGGACAAUGUCCUCCGGGCACUGACAGAGGCCAACGUGCAGUAUGCGGCCGUGCGGCGGGUGCUCAGCGAACUGGACCAAAAGUGGAACUCUACGCUUCAGACCCUGGUGGCCUCCUAUGAAGCCUAUGAGGACCUGAUGAAGAAGUCCCAGGAGGGCAAGGACUUCUAUGCAGACCUGGAGAGCAAGGUGGCCGCUCUCUUGGAACGGGCUCAGUCCAUCUGCCAGGCCCGCGAGGCUGCCCGCCAGCAGCUCCUGGACAGGGAGCUGAAGAAGAAGCCACCACCACGGCCCACAGCCCCAAAGCCACUGCUGCCCCGCAGGGAGGAGGGUGAGGCAGUGGAGACAGGGGACCUGCCUGAGGAGCUACGCAGUCUGCCCCCCGACACCUUCCUGGGAACCGCUGCCCCGCUCCACUUCCUUCCCAGUCCCUUCCCCAGUUCUGCUGGCCCAGGACCCCAUUAUCUGUCAGGCCCCUUACCCCCUGGUACCUACUCAGGCCCCACCCAGGUGUUGCAGCCUAGGGCCCUCCAAGCCCCAGGGCACCCUGCGGUGGCCAUGGCACCUGGACCUGCCCUCUACACACCCCCGACGUACACACCAGAGCUGGGCCUUGUGCCCCGAUCCUCACCGCAGCAUGCUGUGGUGAGCAGUCCCUAUGGUGGGGUAGGGCCCCCUCAACCAGUUGCAGGUCUGCCCUCAGCCCCACCUCCCCAGUUCUCUGGCCCCGAGUUGGCCAUGGGGGUUCGGCCAGCCACCACCACAGUAGAUAGCGUCCAGGCCCCCAUCUCCAGCCACACAGCACCACGGCCAAACACCACCCCUGCUCCUCCCCCGCCUUGCUUCCGGGCCCCACCACAGCCACUGCCCAUGCCCUAUACCUACCCUAUAGGGACCAAGCAACCCCUAACCGCAUCACCAGCCCAGCACCACUUUUCUCCUGGGAUCCCCACAGGUUUUUCAGCCCCGAGGAUUGGGCCCCAGCCUCAUCCCACACCAGCGGCGUUUGGGCCCCAGCCUCCCCAGCAGCCCCUUCCACUCCAACAUCCACACCUCUUCCCACCGCAGGCUCCAGGACUGGUACCCGCCCAACCCCCUUACCCUUUUGCUCCUCAGCCUGGUGUCCUGAGGCAGCCACCACCUACAGUGCAUACCCAGCUCUACCCAGGUCCCUCUCAGGACCCUCUGCCCCCCAACUCAGGGGCUCUGCCUUUCCCUAGCCCUGGGCCCCCUCAGCCUCCUCAUCCCACCCUGGCAUAUGGUCCUGCUCCUUCCCCCAGGCCCCUGGGCCCCCAGGCAGCCCCCCUCUCCAUUCGAGGCCCUCCGCCUGCCAGCCAGCCCACCCCCACUCCCCACCUGGUGCCUUCACCUGCCCCAUCACCAGGGCCUGGCCCAGUAACUCCUCGGCCCCCUGUAGCAGAGCCACCCCCAGGUCUGCGCCGAGGCGCUGCAGCUGCCGCUGCAGAUCUGCUCUCCUCCAGCCCCGAGAGUCAGCAUGGAGGCACUCAGCCUCCUGGGGGUGGGCAGCCCCUGUUGCAGCCUACAAAGGUGGAUGCAGCUGAGGGCCGGCGGCCACAGGCCCUGCGGCUGAUCGAGCGGGACCCCUAUGAGCACCCCGAGAGGCUACAGCAGUUACAACAAGAGCUGGAGACCUUUCGGGGACAGCUAGGCGACGUGGGGGCUCUGGACGCUGUCUGGCGGGAGCUGCAAGAGGCACAAGAGCACGAUGCCCGGGGCCGCUCCAUCGCCAUUGCCCGCUGCUACUCACUGAAGAACCGGCAUCAGGAUGUCAUGCCCUAUGACAGCAAUCGUGUGGUGCUGCGCUCUGGCAAGGAUGACUACAUCAACGCCAGCCGCGUGGAGGGACUCUCGCCGUACUGCCCACCCUUGGUGGCCACCCAGGCCCCCCUGCCUGGCACAGCUGCUGACUUCUGGCUCAUGGUGCACGAGCAAAAAGUGUCAGUCAUUGUCAUGCUGGUGUCCGAGGCCGAGAUGGAGAAGCAAAAGGUGGCACGCUACUUCCCCACCGAGAGGGGCCAGCCCAUGGUGCACGGUGCCCUGAGCCUGGCUCUGAGCAGUGUCCGCACCACCGAGACCCACGUGGAGCGGGUACUAAGCCUGCAGUUCCGAGACCAGAGCCUCAAGCGCUCGCUCGUGCACCUCCAUUUCCCCACUUGGCCUGAGUUAGGCCUGCCCGACAGCCCUGGCAACCUGCUACGCUUCAUUCAGGAGGUGCAUGCUCAUUACCUGCACCAGCGACCCCUGCACACGCCCAUUGUCGUGCACUGCAGCUCUGGGGUGGGCCGCACAGGAGCCUUCGCGCUGCUCUAUGCGGCUGUGCAGGAGGUGGAGGCUGGAAAUGGGAUCCCUGAGCUGCCUCAGCUGGUGCGGCGCAUGCGGCAGCAGAGGAAACACAUGCUGCAGGAGAAACUGCACCUCAGGUUCUGCCAUGAGGCGGUGGUGAGACAUGUGGAGCAGGUCCUGCAGCGCCAUGGCGUGCCCCCUCCGUGCAGACCCUCUGCCUGCACAAGCAUCAGCCAGAAGAAUCACGCUCCUCAGGACUCCCAGGACCUGGUCCUGGGUGGGGACGUGCCCAUCAGCUCCAUCCAGGCCACUAUCGCCAAGCUCAGCAUCCGGCCUCCUGGGGGCUUAGAUUCCCCGGCUGCCAGCCUGCCAGGCCCUGUAGAGCCCCCAGGCUUGCCCCCAGCCAGCCUCCCAGAGUCCACCCAGCUCCCGUCCUCCUCCCCACCCCCUCUCUCUUCACCCCUGCCCGAGGCCCCGCAGCCUGAGGACGAGCAGCCAGUACCUGAGGUCCCCAGCCUGGGGCCCCCUUCCUCUUCCCUGGAGCUGCUAGCCUCCCUAACUCCCGAGGCCUUCUCCCUGGACAGCUCCCUGAGGGGAAAGCAGCGGAUGAGCAAGCAGAACUUCCUGCAGGCCCAUAAUGGGCAGGGUCUGCGGGCUGCCCGGCCCACUGAUGAUCCCCUCAGCCUUCUGGAUCCGCUCUGGACACUCAACAAGACCUGAACAGGCUUUGCCUGUUUGGUCCUUACACUGCACAUCAUCUCCCACACCUGUCUGCCCUCUUGGGGUGGGGCCAGUCUUACUCCCAUUCCUGCUGCCUUCAAGCCCUACCUGGCCCAGCCCGCACCUCUGGGAUGGAGAUGCAUCGUGGGCCAGGUUCUGCUCCUUUGUGGGACCUGACAUUUUUCAGCUCUUUGCUAUGGAAUAAACCAACCUGUUAUAUCGCC